AUGAGACCUGUGAUGGAGCUGCUCAAGAAGUUUCUGCUCAACAUGGAGCGACUGAAUCCUGUCCGAGUUCUCGGCGAGCAACGGGAGGUCCUACUGCAUCCAACGAAGGCUGCCUGUUGGGAUUCCCUGCACGUGGUUAAUCUGAAACAGCAACGGAUCACCCCCAACGACUUCUACUUUGCUGAACUUGAAUUGAGCUAUGAAAACUGGAGUGCCAUCGAGAUCCUGAAGAGCGUGCUGCCGAUGGAGGGCAAGGAUCGCAUCUUCUAUAGGAGAGUCGGGCAAAUUCUGCAUGUACAUCUCAAGGAUCAUCUGCUGCCCUACAAAAACCUCAUUGGCCAGGUGCUCCUGGACAAGAUUCGCGACUGCCGCACGGUUGUCAAUAGGAUAUAUGCCACAGACAAUCAUGAAGGCGAUUUCGAAGUGGAGUUCCUCUGCGGGUCACCAGAAUGUGAAAUAGAAAUCAAACAGUACGGUUUUUCCUUCAAGUUUGACUUCUCCAAGGUGCCAAAGAGUUUCUGUUCCUGGGAAGAGCAUGGAAAUAUUGUCAAGAUGCUAAAAUUAGGAGAUGUUCUUUACGAGGUGUCUGCUGGCAUGGGUCAGUGUAGUGUUCCUGCUGCCAGAAAAGGUUGCCUUGUCCUGUCCAAUGAAUCCAAUCCCGAGAUCUUCCGCUGGCUGCAGCAUAAUGCCAAGAAAAAUAACUGCCCUCCCAGAUUGAGAAUGUUUAACAAGGACGCCAGGCAGUUUAUACUUGAAGAUUUGCGGGAGAAUUUGUUUAAGCUUCUGCUGGCCACAAAUACCACUACAUAUGGAAUCCAUAUAGUAAUGAAUUUACCAGAUAUGGCAGUGGAUUUACUGGAUGCAUUUCGCGGGCUCUACAAAGCUGACGAACUGACUGACUUACCCAAAAACGUAUCCUAUCCCACAGUUCACAUUUACUGCCUUAUCGAAGCAAAUAGGACUCUAGAAAAAGCCAAGCAACUGGUAGAGGAACAUUUCGGAGAAAUUCUAAAUGACUGUCUGCUCCAGAAUGUGAUUUAUAUUGGAAAUAUAUCCCAGUCCCGGGACCUGUACCGAGUUUCCAUUAAGCUUUCCCUUAACUCACUCACCACCAGAGAAAUUGGAGUCCCAAGGAAGCGUUGUGCGGAGGAGGAGCAGGUGGUCGCAAUUAAACGAAUUAUUUGA